AUGGUUUUUCAAGUUGACAAACCUCCAGAGCGUGUCUUAAAAGUGUUAAAUGCUCCUCGUAUUGCAGGUUAUCCUACCCUACAAGGUGCACUGGAAAAAGUUUUGGAAUUGGUCAAAAAUAGUAAAAUAAAAGCCAUUGGAGUUCAUGGACUGAAAGGGGUUAGGAAAACAGCAAUAAUGCAGAAUUUGAACAACCAUGAAGAGGCUGACAAGUUGUUUGAUAUUGUCAUUUUUGUGGGGGUCCCGGAUGAUGAGAUUCAUCUCCAACAAAAAAUUGCAAGGCGAUUGAAGGUCGAUGCCAAAGGGAUCAAUGACACUGAAGAUAUUGCCAGAAAAAUACACAAAGAGCUGAAGAAUAAGAAGUACUUGUUGAUUUUGGAUGGAGUGGUGGACUCUAUUGAUUUGAGUCAGCUGGGAAUUCCAAACAAUGACAAUUACAGCAAGGUUGUGGUGACCGCUCAACAUAAACAGGUUUGUACCUUGAAUGAUGCAGACAGGUUGAUCAAGGUUGAGCAAUUAUCUCGUGAUGAGGCGUGGAAGAUGUUUCGAGAUACUGUUGGUCCUAAAAUUGAUCGGCCAGACAUUCCAGAGAUUGCUCAACGUGUAUGUGACAAGUGCUCUGGUCUUCCACUGCUAAUACAUAAGAUAGCGCGAUCUUUCAAAUUGAAAGGGAGUGCUCCAAGCUGGAGGGCAGGACUGGAGGAUCUUGAAGAACGAUGGCCAGAUUAUGAAAAUGAAGGCGUGAACGAGUUGUACUCAUUCUUGACAUUCUGCUAUGACGACUUGAAAGAUGAAAAGAAACAGAAAUGCUUUCUGUAUGCUUCAUCGUACCCUGCUGAUAGCAAGGUUUACAGUGAUUAUUUGGUGGAGUGCUUGGCGGCUCAGAAUUUCCUUGGUGAUAUCAAUGGGACAAGAAAGUAUCAAAAUGCACGUGAUCGUGGUUAUGCAAUACUAGAGGACCUCACAAAUGUCUCAUUACUAGAGAAAGGAAAACAGAUGAUAUAUGUCAGCAUGAAUGAUUGUAUGAAACAACUUGCUUCAUAUAUAUCUUCUAAAUAUCCUCAGUAUAGCUCUUACGUCCUGACUGGAAAGGAACUUGGGGAACCUGAAACAUCAAAAUCUUGGCAGAAUGCGAGGUGGGUAUCUUUGAUUAACAGCAAUUUGCAGACUUUACCAAUAGACCAGGAUUGUAGUAUGCUUGAGACAUUAUUGUUGCAGAAGAAUCCUGAGUUAUCUAAAAUUCCUGGAACAUUUUUCAAGAAGCAUAUGAGAAACCUGGUGGUGUUAGAUAUGUAUGGUACUGGAAUUAAAAGUCUGCCAUCAUCUGUAUCGAAGCUGACUGGUCUUAGGGGACUGUGCUUGCGAAUCCCAUACAUUAAAAUUGUAGAUCAAAGUGAAGAUCCAGCUGUCAAUGCUAAUUACAGUGCGCUUUCAAGGCUUCAAAAAUUGGAAGAAUUGAUAAUUGAAGUGGUUUCCUAUCAGGAAUGGUGUAAUGAUGCUGCAAAUGUGAUGCAGCAGUUGGCCUCUCUGGAAAAUCUAACCAACCUCAGGUUCAGUUUUCCCACUUCAACAACUCUUCAAAAUCUUCUGACAAGGAGAGCUGGUAAACAAUUCAGUUCAUUCCAAUUCUUCGUUGGAUGUCAAAACUCUAAGCGUCCUUCAAUUCUUGAAUCUUUUGAGUACAGAAUUUCUAGAUAUUUGAGAUAUGACAAUGGCGGAUGCGAGGAUACUCCAGCAAUUAGUGCUAUACUUCCUCAAACUGAUGCAUUAGAAUUGAUCAACUGUAACCAUGUCAGAGAUCUGUCAAACCUUGGGACAGAAAGCUUGGAGCGUAUCCGUGGUAUUCUGAUUGAGAAAUGCAAUGAAAUUCAUACCCUUUUACCAGGAACUGUGAAUGGCACAAGAGAGGGAAGCAUCCUGCCAAAUCUUGAGCAACUGCACCUGAUAAACUUGCGUAAGUUGAAUUGUGUCUUCAGAGGUCCCUUUCAUCAGGAAUCCCUUUCCAAACUAAGGGCUUUGACAUUGAAAGAUUGCUCGUCUUUGAAAUACAUUUUUGGUGAUGGAGCUAUUCAACAUUUUUCACAGCUUCAUUUUCUGGAAGUUCAAAACUGUUCAGAUUUUGAAGAACUUAUUGCAGCGGUUGAUUAUGGCAGUGCCGUGCUUCCCAAAUUAGAGGUGUUAGUGCUGGCUAAUUUGCCGAGACUCAAAUCUGUGUACAUAGACCAGACCUUGCCAUGGUCUUCACUUGAGGUUCUCAAAAUAUAUCAAUGCUCAAGAUUGAAAUCAUUGCCUUUAAGCAAGGAGAGGGCAACCAACCUCAGAUCCAUCAAAGGUGAACCAGAAUGGUGGGAUGAACUGCAGUGGGCAGACAAGGAGCAUUUUCAACAUAUAUUCACCCUCAAGUGGGUGUUAGUCGUUAUUCUUUGCUGUACUUGUUGA